AUGAGGUACACUUGGUCCUGCCUCGAGAUCGCACUGCUCGCCACCUUCCUCAUGAGCCUGCCAGUCAUUUCCACAGCUCUGGCAGACCCGCUCGACGGCACUCGCCGACUUCGUCCUCGCCUGGUCAUGCACCCGUACUUUACUGUUCCAGGCCCCAAAGAGAAGCUCAGGCAGGUGACGAAUGAUAUCAUGCGAAGUCAGUACCAAAAGGCACUCGAAGCGUCUUCAACAAGCAACGCUAUGAAAAGCAGCAACCGAGGUUGGGGCGUCACCUCCGAAUACAAGGGAGACAAAGCUACGAGGGAUUACAUGAACAAGCAAGCAAAGAAGAACAAGAAGAAGAACCAGCUGAAGAAGACGAUGAGCAAAGGCAAGGGUAAGGCUUGUAUGGGCAUGUGUAUCAAGCCCUUGGCGGAGAGCUCUGAUUCAGAACCAGAACGUGUAGUCGUCUGA